AUGAGUUGCGCAACCAUCAUGGAGGGGUUUCUGCACCACAUGGCACCGCAGUUCCUGCAUCCGGCGCUGCAGAGCUUCGGAUGCGGCGCGUUCAGGCCAAUCGGUGGCGCUUUCCACCCUCUGUAUCCGGGGAAGGCGUUCGCGAGGCACUUGGGCGAACAGUACGCCCUCGGGCAGACUGUUGGACAAGCGCUCAGAGGCGUUCGUGACGACACGGGGACCCCACCCCUGUACCGGCAUGGGUACAUGGCGCGCGAUGAUACCAGCUCCCCAGGCUCGGCCGCCUCCGCCUCCCCGCGGCCCUGUAAAGACGACGACGCCUCAACUGCUGCCUCUUGCUCCGACUCCCACGACUUCUUUUCCCCUGAUGGAGAACGUAAGACAUCGUGCGGCGUCUGCGGUGCUCGUUUGGGCCCCGGUGUGGCGCAAGCACAUUUCCUGCAAGAAUUGCAGCAUUUGUACAGCCUCAGCGCCCUUCCGAGGGAUGCGGGCGCUCCCUCCACGCACUCCCUGCACCAUCAAGAUGAAGACGCGCGCUGGGAGACGUACCAGCGCAUCCGCGCCAACCGCCAACGGCGGCUGAAGUUGCGCACGCGCAAGCGCCACCACACCGUGGAGAGCAUGCUCGGCUACGAGCUGGACGAAGAGCGGCGUGAAGAGCGCCCUCGCGAGCCCCGCUACGACGCCGAGGACGAGCCCGUAGACGUCGAGGGGGACUCCCUCGGCUGGCCGGAGGCCGCCAUCAGCGUUGACGACAAGGAUCAACGGAGUGAUGGAGAUAAACUCCACUUAAGCUAUACGGAGGACUUGGAGAUAUCCAGCACUAACGAUGCCAUGCAGUCACCCGAACGCGUGAGGAUUGAGACGCCGAAGCCGCUGCCGCUGGAUUGCGGCAAGCCGGAGGCGGCCGAGCGCCCCGCCGAGGUGUCCACCUCGGAGUGGGCCCCCACAGACUGGUCCGCCCUGCCCGACGCCUACCUCCACGCCCGCCACAAGCCCGACGGCGAGAACCUGCCCUCUUCCACCGACACCCGCAAC